AUGGGUUGCACAAGCACAAAAUCUGCUGAUUCAAACAAAUAAAUCAAUAACAUUGUUAAUGAUUUAAUCAAUUCUUAUUCAUCUAUCGAAUUCUACAUUCAAACAUAAAGAGUUCAAACAUUUGAGAGUCUCUUAAAGGAUAUGGAUGACUCCGAAAGGGAAGAAAUUGCCCUCCAAGACAAUGAAGUCAAUGAAAUGGAAAAUAUCCACAAAGACUUAGCUGUCUUCAAACGUUUCAAAGUUAUUAACAAAUAUAAACAUGAAUUGGUUGUUUCCAAAUUCUUGAAGAACAUUAAAUAAUGUUUGCUAAAAUUCUAAAACAUUAACGAAAUCAAUUCAAAAUACUUUACAGAGCUUAACGAGUUUAAAAACACUCCUUAAGGAAUGAAAAUUUCAAAAAAAUUUGAGAUUAAAUUCCAACGUUUACAAUAACUGAUUAUGAGAGUCACCUAUUACUUUGAAACUGAGUAAAAUGCUCAAACCAACGUAAGCUAUGGUCUAUUCGAAUUAAACUCUACAUUCAACAAGCGCCUCAGUCAUCAUAAAAAUUCACAAUACAACAGCGAGAAAGAAAUUGAAGAGGUAUUUUGA